UGACCAGGGAAUUAAAAGCAUGAAGAAAACCCCCUUGGAGGCAGUGGAGAAUCACUUAGCUAGCAUUGAAACUGAGCCCCUCUUCUACAUUGCCACUUUACUUGAUCCCAGAUACAAAGAUUGCUUCUUCACAAAGUCAGCUAACCUGACCCUGGCAAAGGAACAUCUCAUCCAGGAGCUGGUGAACAAAGAGGAAAAAGCCAGGGCUGUUGUUUCAGAGGCAGCUGCCGGCCCUGACACCAAAGCACCACGGCUUGAGGCAUGCAGCACCUUGGACAGUGCAUUUCAGGAGAUCUUGCAAGAAAGACAAUCUGUGUCCCGGUCCGUGAGUAGUACGUCAGCAGAAGUGCAGGUCUGCACAUACCUCUCUGAGCAAACCAUCCCUAAAAGAGAUGACCCACUUCGCUAUUGGAAGGAACGUGCUCUUCAGUUCCCUUCCACGGCUGCACUUGCAGCCCAGUAUCUCUCUGCCCCUUGCAGCUCUGUACUGAGUGAAAGGCUCUUCAGUUCUGUUUCCAAUGUUCUUGAUGAGAANUAG